UGAACUGGCACUACUUCCGGGUGAGAAAUUGACGUCAACAAACUGACAUCAUCAGCCAAUAUCGACAGAAAAAAGAACGAUCAAAAUGUCUUAUGCCUACUUAUUUAAGUACAUUAUCAUAGGAGAUACAGGUGUUGGAAAAUCCUGUCUCUUAUUACAGUUUACAGAUAAGAGAUUUCAACCUGUGCAUGAUCUCACAAUUGGUGUGGAGUUUGGUGCUCGUAUGAUAACUAUUGAUGGUAAACAAAUUAAACUGCAGAUCUGGGAUACAGCAGGUCAGGAAUCAUUCCGAUCUAUAACAAGAUCUUACUACAGAGGUGCUGCAGGUGCAUUACUAGUAUAUGAUAUUACAAGGAGAGACACAUUUAACCAUUUAACAACCUGGUUAGAAGAUGCCAGGCAACAUUCCAAUUCUAAUAUGGUUAUUAUGUUAAUUGGAAAUAAAAGUGAUUUAGAAGCCAGAAGAGAUGUAAAGAAAGAAGAAGGAGAAGCUUUUGCAAGAGAACAUGGUUUAAUAUUCAUGGAAACAUCAGCUAAAACAGCUGCUAAUGUAGAGGAGGCUUUUAUAAACACUGCUAAAGAGAUUUAUCAAAAAAUACAAGAUGGUGUAUUUGAUAUUAAUAACGAGGCUAAUGGUAUUAAGAUUGGACCACAACAUUCACCUAACAAUCCCAACAUGCCAUCAGGAGGGGGCGGAGCUAACCAAGGAGGUGGAUGUUGCUAAAUAUAGGACUGACAUUGUUGUGAUCAUAAAGAGAAAGUGAAAGUAUGCAAGGGAUAUUUGUAGAAGACUAUAAAUGUCUUGAGUGUAUAAAUUAUAUUAUGAAGCUACUUACAAAAUUCAUAGGGUCAGAAUUUAUAGAUUACUAUUCAUUUGAAUGCUUAAGAGUCAAUGUAUUUUUAGAAAACUUCUCGAAAUGAUAUAUAUCAUUAAUUACAAAUAUUUGAAAUUUGCAAAAGAUCUUUUACUUGAUAACACUUUUCAUCUUUCUGGUAUACAACUUUUCAUCUUUCUGGUAUACAAUAUAUAAGAAGAGAAUUAGAUAAUAAAGUCACAAGUAGUUUUGUAAUAUUAUUUAGUAUGAUCUGUGGAAGACUUAGGAUGUGAUAGAUGGAUAAUUUUCAUUUACAGCUUUUCAUUUCUGAAUUAAUUUGCAUAUUUAAAUUUUGCAAUGGUUGAAAGCAACAAAAGGAAAAACUACAUCAUGUGUUUAUAAGACAAAAAUCAGAAAUGAUCUUUCUUUCAUUGUAAUUAAAAACCUAUAGCACAUUUGGAUGGGGGAAUAACGCUGUGUGUAUAUGUCAAUGUUGCAUAAAUGUGUUAUGAUUUUAUGUCUGAAUUAUUUCUUGUUUUUGUCUCAGUUUUAAUCAUGAUAUUGUUAAAAAAUAUGAUUUUACAUAUUUUACAUUCCAAAUAUUUUUCAGAAGUAUAACUAGCUUAAGGAUUUUGAUAAUAAAUGCAAGUAACACAAACACUUUUUGAUUUGUUGAAAGGGUGAUGUUAAUAUAUUUCUGUGUAUAGACACGUGUUGAAAAUCAUAAUUGAUUGUAAAAAAAACUCAUAUCAUUCUGAAGAUAAAUUCUUUUUUACAACUAACAGUUAUAAGUCGUAAUUGCUACUUGUUUUAUUUGCAAGUUUUUCUUUUGUGCAAAAAAUGCAAGUAUUGGUUGCAAUUUUAGGGCAUUAGAAUUUAAAAUGUGAUUUUAUAAUGUUUAUUGACUAUACUACUUCCUGGAGAACAUCUGUUAUAUAAGUCACUAGCCCUUUGUACAUGUUGAAUCGCAUCUGGUUUUAUAAAAGAAAUUGCAUAAAAUUGUCUAGACAGUUUGACACACAAUAAACAGUUUGUCUUAACUGGUCACUUGAUUAGUUUAUAAAAUGCUUAUUUUUAAAACGGGUCACACAUGAAAUUUUUUGUCCAAACAAUAUAUUUCAACUGAUUGUUUUCAUACAUUGGUUGUCAGUUAGAAUAAAUCAGAGUUCACUGUGUGCUUUUCAGUGAUUAUGUUCAUUUGAUUUCAUUAAUCUGGAAAUCAUUCUCUGCAUGUACUUCCAGGUUUUAAGCCUAUCACUUGAUAUAAAUAACCCAAUAACUGCAAAUGUUUAUAUAUAGUGCAAUAAAUGGCAUAUGUGUGGUGGUUGAUAUAUCUCAUAAGUUUUGGAUAGCACUUGUUCUUUGGUAAAUUUGGGAUAAUAAUGCUAUUGUUUUGGAGCUUUUACAAAUAAAAAGUUCUUAAGUUUCACACAUUUUGCAAGAAUGUUGACAAAAAUAUUUAUAAAAAAUAGUUCAUCUGAAAAUUAAAGUAUUUUGCAAAGUUAUUGAUAAAAGGGAAACAGUAAAUUUAAUUCGUUUUUGUAUAAUGAAAACUAAAUGACCAUAUACUGUUUGGAAUUCUUUUUGUUGAUGUUGUUUAUGUUUUGUUUUAAUCUUUAAUGUUGUUAACUCUUGUAAAUGUACAUAAAGUCUUUAUUUAUCUCUGUAGCUUAAUGAAGAAAUUAAUUAAAGCGAAAAAUUGUAGAUAUUUAAAUAUAUUAUCUUUAUGAUAUGAAAUGAAUAAUAUAAUGAAAGAUUGCACAUCAUUAAUGAAACUAACCUCACAUGCAAAAAACUAUAUAGAACCUUACAACUAUUUUUGAUUUGUACAUUUCUAUUCACUGUGAUAGGUCAAAACUUUCCAUUAUAAAGAAAUUUGUGUACUGUUUUAUAGAUUUAGAUGAAUACAAGAUUAAUAUAAAAAAUCACCACACUGAGACUGACAUGGCAGAAUUUAAUUUUCAUUAUCUAAAAAAGAUUUUCGCCUACAACAAAGUUGAAUGAUCACAAAAUAAUUGUUCAUUUUUUUCCUUGCAUUUAAUUUGAAAAAAAGCAAUCCUCACAUGAUGCAAAGAUUUAGUUUGUGUGAUGUCAAUUUAUUUAUUUAUAAUAGUAACCAUUCAGAUUAAAUACCCAAGUUUUCUUGAUUUACCUGCGAUGUACAAUUUCAUAUUUUGUUCUAUUUUUAUACUUUGUUCAUUUUAGGGUUGUAAAAGUUUGUGUAUUCAUUUCUGAGUCAUUUAUCUUAAUAGCCAUUUUGAAUGCGUAAAAGAAUGAUUGUGUACUAGUCAUUACUGUACUAUUUAACUCAUAAAUACAUAAUUCUAAUAAGUCUAUUUAAAAUAUCAUUAUUAUUUUUAAUGUACAUUAUUUCAACAUAAGCAAGUUUUCAAAGAUGCAACAACUGCCAGGAAUCGAUCUGUAUAUUGUAAGACUACUUAUGUAAUAUGAAAAAUGAUUUUACACCCAAAGAUACAAAACCAAUCUUAUUUUCUCUCAAAUUUAAAUGUUCUUUGAUGUGGAGAAAGUUGUUAUCAAAAGAAAAUGUCUGAAAAUUAAAUGUACUUUUUAAAACCACAGAGAUAGGUUAAAAAGGUUGUGGAUUUUAAAUGCUUGGCACCCAGGUUGGUGUCUAAAACUACUUUUCAGAAUGAAAUUUCAAAAUUGCUUCUAAUGGUUGUUACUCCAUACUAUGUAUGUUUUGAUAGGCCAGUUCUUUUCAUUAUUGAUUGAAUAAAACUAACUACCCCGGUACUGCAUGCCAUAAACAUAGAUCAGGAAAUCCAUUUAAUAUACCAUUAAAGUGCUGUCAUUAUAUACUGUUAAUUUAAAAUUUAUUGCCUUCAUUUAUUUAUAUUUUGUUGAUGAACAGGUAAACAGACAAAAAUAACUACUGCAACUUUAAAAAUGUUGAAUACAAAUAUAAUGCAUGAUCAGAAAUUAGAAUACAUUCUAAUUAAUGUGAUUAUAUUCCUGCAUGCAGCCUUUUAUCAAUAAUAAUAUAUUAAAAACAUAUUAAUACUCUUUAAAUUUACAGUAUACUAAAUGAACUUUCUUUACAUAAAUUUUCAUUUUUCCUUGGGUAAUGUGCUGAUUUCUGUUUACAUGUAUGUGUGCAAAUAAUAACAUUGUUUAUAUAUGUCAAUAAAAAUAGUAUGAUUA